GGCGUCCCCCCAGCCUCCCCCGCCUGUGCGGCGGCGCGCGCGGCGGGAGGGCGCGGAGCAGCGUCCCCCAGCCCGGGCCGGAGGCGAUCGGAGCGCCGCGCCACGGGUGGCGGACGGCGGACAGCGCCUGCGGGGGCUGCCUGUGACGGGCCAUGGCGAUGAGGGAACAGGCCCAGACCCAGCGCACGAGGAUGAGGAGCCACACCCAGGAGGGCACAGAGUGACGCCCACCCAUGCCCACAUAGAAUGACUGUCCUGAGACGGCAGUUCCCCAGGCCCUGGCAGGGCUGCUGACCCUCAACCUGCAAAACGCAAAAAGCAGGACUGGACUCUACUUGUGGAUGGUCACCUGUCCCCCAGCGCCAUCAUGAGGCUCCUCGUAGCCCCCAUCCUGCUAGCUUGUGUGGCUGGUGCCACUGCUGCUGUGCCUGUGGUGCCCUGGCAUGUGCCCUGCCCCCCUCAGUGUGCCUGCCAGAUCCGGCCCUGGUAUACGCCUCGCUCCUCCUACCGAGAGGCCACCACGGUGGACUGCAAUGACCUGUUCCUGACGGCGGUGCCCCCGGCGCUCCCUGCAGGGACCCAGACUCUGCUGCUGCAGAGCAACAGCAUCGGCCGCGUGGACCAGAGUGAGCUCGCCUACCUGGCCAACCUCACAGAGCUGGACCUGUCCCAGAACAGCUUCUCGGACGCCCGUGACUGUGACUUCCGGGCCCUGCCCCAGCUGCUGAGCCUGCACCUGGAGGAGAACCAGCUGGCGCGGCUGGAGGACCACAGCUUCGCGGGGCUGGCCGGCCUGCAGGAGCUCUAUCUCAACCACAACCAGCUCUACCGCAUCGCCCCCAGGGCCUUCGCGGGGCUCAGCAACCUGCUGCGGCUGCACCUGAACUCCAACCUGCUCAGGGCCAUCGACAGCCGCUGGUUUGAAAUGCUGCCCAACUUGGAGAUCCUCAUGAUUGGUGGCAACAAGGUGGACGCCAUCCUGGACAUGAACUUCCGGCCGCUGGCCAACCUGCGCAGCCUGGUGCUGGCGGGUAUGAGCCUGCGGGAGAUCUCCGACUAUGCCCUGGAAGGGCUGCAAAGCCUGGAGAGCCUCUCCUUCUAUGACAACCAGCUGGCCCGGGUGCCCAGGCGGGCCCUAGAGCAGGUGCCUGGACUCAAGUUCCUCGACCUGAACAAGAACCCGCUGCAGCGGGUGGGCCCCGGAGACUUUGCUAACAUGCUACAUCUCAAGGAGCUGGGGCUGAACAACAUGGAGGAGCUGGUCUCCAUUGACAAGUUUGCCCUGGUCAACCUCCCCGAGCUGACCAAGCUGGACAUCACCAACAACCCGCGGCUAUCCUUCAUCCACCCCCGCGCCUUCCACCACCUGCCCCAGAUGGAGACCCUUAUGCUCAACAACAAUGCUCUCAGUGCCUUGCACCAUCAGACGGUGGAGUCCCUGCCCAACCUGCAGGAGGUGGGGCUCCACGGCAACCCCAUCCGCUGUGACUGUGUCAUCCGCUGGGCCAAUGCCACGGGCACCCGUGUCCGCUUCAUUGAGCCACAGUCCACCCUGUGCGCUGAGCCCCCGGAUCUCCAGCGACGCCCAGUCCGUGAGGUGCCCUUCCGGGAAAUGACGGACCACUGCCUGCCCCUCAUCUCCCCCCGCAGCUUCCCCCCCAGCCUCCAGGUGGCCAGUGGAGGGACCAUGGUACUGCACUGCCGGGCACUGGCCGAACCAGAACCUGAGAUCUACUGGGUCACUCCAACUGGGGUUCGACUGACACCGGCCCAUGCGGGCAGGAGAUACCGGGUGUACCCCGAGGGGACCCUGGAGCUGCGGAGAGUGACAGUGGAAGAGGCAGGGCUGUACACCUGUGUGGCCCAGAACCUGGUGGGGGCUGACACUAAGACAGUCAGUGUGGUGGUUGGCCAUGCUCCCCCCCAGCCAGACAGGAAUGAGGGACGGGGACUGGAGCUGCGGGUGCAGGAGACCCACCCCUAUCACAUUCUGCUCUCUUGGGUUCCCCCACCCAACACAGUUUCCACCAACCUCACCUGGUCCAUCGCUUCCUCUCUCCGGGGCCAGGGGGCCACUUCUCUGGCCCGCCUACCCCGGGGCACCCACAGCUACAACAUCACCCGCCUCCUUCAGGCCACAGAGUACUGGGCCUGCCUGCAAGUGGCCUUUGCUGAUGCCCACACCCAGUUGGCUUGUGUAUGGGCCAGGACUAAAGAGGCCACUCCUUGCCACAGAGCCCUUGGGGACCGGCCUGGGCUCAUAGCCAUCCUGGCUCUCGCUGUCCUCCUGCUGGCAGCUGGGCUCAUGGCCCACCUUGGCACAGGCCAGCCCAGACAGGGGGUGGGUGGGCGGCCUCUCUUUCCAGCCUGGGCUUUCUGGGGCUGGAGUGCCCCGUCCAUCCGGGUGGUGUCUGCACCCCUUGUCCUGCCUUGGAAUCCAGGGAGGAAGCUGUCCCGAUCCUCAGAAGGGGAGACACUGUUGCCACCAUUGUCUCAAAAUUCCUGAAGCUCGGCCAGUUCUCAGCGGUAGAGAAAUAACUAGGACUACUUUUUAUCAAAAGGGAAGCGAUCUGGGCCAGAUGCCCUGCCAGGAAAGCGGCAAGGGCCCACGUGCUUGAGGCCUGGCAGCUGGACCAGGACACAGGGGCUCUGUGGCUCCCAGGGGUUCUCCUGAGGCCUCCAAAAUGUUGCUCUUAUCUUCUGGGGUCCUCUGCUGCCAUUCAUGAGGAACAUGUCCAAGGAACAGGAAGGACUCUGGCUAGAGCCUCCCACCUCCCCAUUAUCUACAUGCCCAGAGGCUGCUGGGCCUCUGCUUGGCUUUCCCCUGCCUGUGUCCCCAGGCCCUGGCCCACAGGAUACACCCCUUCCUCUUCUCUUUCUUUGUACAGUCUCAGUUGCUUGCUCGUUCCCCUCCUGGGCAAGGGCUGAAGGAGGCCUCUCCUUCCCAUCUUGGGGGAUCACCCCAAAGUGGAAGUGACCCCAGCUGGGCCUGAAGGACAUUUGGGGAGAGGGAUGCCCAGGAACGUGUCAUCUUGGCAGUCUGGGCUCUCUGGCGCUGACUUUCUAUAGGCAAUUUUGUAUCUUUGUGGAGAAAUGUGUCACCUGCCCCCAACCUGAUUCACUCUUUUCUCCUGUUUUGUAAAAAAUAAAAAUAAACAAUCAUAAUAACAACAAUGAUAAGGGAUAGGGGGACAAAA